AUGACACAUCUAUUUUUAAUUAUCCAAUUUACUUUUGGAGUGGUUCUGUUUCUUAUGGGAAUGGUGGCAAAUGGAAUCAUCGUGAUAGUGAGUGGCGCUAAGUGUAUCAAGAGGAAAAAACGGACUGCAUAUGACCUCCUUCUGACCAGUCUGGGAAUCUUCAGAAUUCCUUUGCAAGUUUUAAUAUUUACAAGUCAAUUGAUAUUUGUCUUCACUCUGAAUAUAGUUCCAGUAAUGGAAGCAUUUUUAUUCUUUAUUUUUGUAAAUGAAGUCAAUCUUUGGCUCGCUACCUACCUUUGUCUCUUCUACUGUGUUAAGAUUGCCAACAUUUUUCACCCCUUCUUCCUCUGGUUGAAGAUGAGGAUCUCUAGGCUUGUACCAUGGCUGAUUCUGGGAUCACUGCUAUUUUCACUUGCCAUUUCAGUAUAUUACUCCCUUCUCUAUUGGCCUAUGGUCAAAGAGGAGAUGGGAAGAUAUUUUUCAAGAAAUUUCACUGCCCCCAAUUUUUUACAUAAACUUUUCCCAAUUCCAAUGAUUGUUAUGGGACUGGCAGUGCCACUAGUCAUAUUCAAUGCUUCAUCAUUUCUAAUGAUCUAUUCUCUGUGUAGACACACCAGAAAGAUGAAAAGCAUGGCAACUGGCAGAGACUCAAGCACUGAAGCUCAUAUCCGUGCCAUGAAAUCUGUGUUCUCCUUCCUCAUCCUCUAUACCUCCUAUUAUAUUGGGAUAAUAGUAAUAUUUUCUAGAACUUCCUCAGAGAAUGAACACCUCAUGUUCCUUUGUUUCUUAGUGGCUGCUGAAUACCCCUGCGGACACUCCAUCAUCUUAAUUCUAGGAAAUCCAAAGUUGAAGCAUUGUGCAAGAAAGUUUCUGUUUCAUGCCAAGUGCUGGCUAGGAGGAGAUUCAACAGGAGUAUACAAACCCAAUAGAACAUGCUGCUUCUAA